AAGUGAACAGCGGAGCUAGCUAACCAGCUAGUUUAGCCUUCAAGCUGCGGACUGUUGUGGAAGGGAGGUGCGAUGGAUGGAUGCUUUACCCUGCUCCGUUUUACAAAUUUGUCCUAGCUAACCGGAAUGCGCCGGCAAAAUUUAACCAUUGAUAUACUCCGCGCUGUCGCGGAGGGCUGCUAAUUCGCAGCGCUGCGUUAAUAAAUGACCCCGGAGCUACGGUUUUUCGCUAUAGUUAGAAGAUUAACGCUAGCUGUGGCUGUUUAAGUGGCUACACAGCUAGCUCCUCCUUGCUGUCUACCAUCGCAUUCUUGUGUCUCCUGCCCCAGGAAUGUUUUCCAAAAAGCCUCAUGGAGACGUUAAAAAGUCAACACAGAAAGUGUUGGACCCGAAGAAGGACGUGUUGACGAGGCUGAAACACCUCAGAAUAGUCAUAGAAAAUGCAGAGCCUUCAGAGCUGAAACAGUUCUUCGACCUGAACUACUCCCAUAUCUACUAUGUCUUCUUUGAGAACUUUGUCACCAUUGAGGUCAGCCUCAAGCAAAAAGGUCAUAAGUCGCAGAGGGAGGAGCUGGACUCGAUUCUCUUCAUCUUUGAGAAAAUCCUCCAGCUCCUGCCAGAGAGAAUCCAAAGCCGAUGGCAGUUCCACAGCAUCGGGCUGAUCCUCAAAAAGUUGCUGCACACUGGAAAUUCUCUGAAGAUCCGUCGUGAAGGCGUGCGCUUGUUCCUGCUGUGGAUGCAGGCGUUACAGAGUAAUGCGGAGCGGGAACAGCUCUGCAUGUUUGCCUGUUUGAUUCCUGGCUUCCCAGCUCCACUCUGCCAUGGGACCCCACGCACCCUGGACACUCUGAUCAACCCACCGCUGAGUUUAGCAGAGACUCAGGUUACCCCAGAGGAGAUCACUCCAUUGGUUCCUCCCCAGUCAGGUGACAAGAACCAGGAAGACCUCACUGCUUACUUUUUAGAAGCGCUACUCAAAUACAUGGUAAACCAGGCCAAGUCUCUCGAGUGGCGUUGUAAAGAGAACCAUGAACGUGGUUUCAGCUUCCUCUUUGGUCACUUCAGGAAGUUUUACCUUCCUCACAUCUUCCCCAACUUCGCCAUGGAAACCAGCCUCUACAACCCAAUACUGGAUGUGCCUCCGAUGCGUCCUAAGCCCUACUACAGCGUGGUGCGCAGGGAGCAAGACGGCGGGGAAACAGUGUACUGUACCAAGGAGAGCUUCCUUCAGGCCCGAGUCAUCUUCAUCCGCUGGCUGGUUUCCUUCUGGCUUGAACCACGACCCAACACACACACACACAUCCCAGGAACAGAGGGAGAGAACGUCCCCAAGAACAUACAGCGAGCAGCAGCCGGACUGGCAGCUCGGUCUGUAGGCAGCUCAGAUGACAGCGGUGGAGGUGGGAUUCGGUCUGACAGCCACCUGGAAGGUAGCGGGUGCUCAUCUGGAUCAGGAGGAGGCAGCAUGGGGCUCUCCGGGGGUCCAGGGGCUGGAGCUGAGCCCGAACAAAGCCACUCCAACACGUCCACGCUGACAGAGAGGGAGCCCAGCUCCUCCUCACUCUGCUCCAUGGAUGAAGAGCAGCUGACUGACAUGGAGGUUGUGCGGAGAGUACUGACCAACUCCAGAACCAACGUCAACUUCAUCACUGAGAUCUUUAGACAGGCAUUUCUCCUUCCCAUGUGUGAAGCUGCAGCAAUGCGUAAAGUAGUGCGUGUUUACCAGGAGUGGAUCUCUAUGGAGGACAGGCCAGUGUUCAUGAAGGAGCCAGAGGAGGGCCCCUAUCCCACAACUGGCAGCCUGGAUUCAGGCUCUCAGCUCGGAGACAAGGAGGAUGAGGGAAUGAACAAAGCGGUUGACAGUGAAUUGCUGGAGUACAGCGUUCAUGCUGGAGUUCAGACUACGCUGCAGGUAUUUAUCACCCACUCCUCCAACGUUUUCCUGUUGGAGCCAGCCAACGACAUCAAGAUCCUUUUGGAGGAGCAUGUCGACAUGUGCAAGCGAGUCUUGAAUAUUUACCGCAGUCUUGUCAUGCAUGAGACCAUGGACCAGAAAACAUGGGAGCAGGUGUUACUGGUGCUGCUGAGGGUGACGGAGUCAGUGAUGAAGAGACCUCCAUCCAUCAUGCCCCAGGGCAAGAAGAAUAACACACUGUCAGGCAGACUGGCUGGACCCAUCUUCCAGACGCUGAUAGUAGCUUGGAUUAAGGGGAAUUUAAACGUCUACAUCAGCAGAGAACUGUGGGACGACCUCCUUUCUGUCCUUUCCUCUCUUACCUGCUGGGACGAACUGGUCACUGAGUGGUCUCUCACCAUGGAGACCCUCACCAAGGUGUUGGCCAGGAACCUGUACAGUGUUGAUCUGAACGAGCUGCCUCUGGACAAACUCAGUGAACAAAAACAGAAGAAACAUAAAGGAAAAGGUAUAGGUUCAGAGGGCCAGCGGCAGAUUGUGGACCGCUCUUUCUCUAAAGGCUGGAGCAGAGACCAACCAGGCCAGGCAGCAGCUAUGAGGCAGAGAAGCGCCACCACUGCUGGCUCACCAGGCAUCGAAAAGGCCAGAAGUAUUGUCCGGCAGAAGACUGUAGCCCUGCGUAGCUGCUCUACGGGGGACUCUCUGCUGUCCUCAGCCUUUAUCCGCAGUGCUAAGAGUGCUCCUGCUCUGGCUCCGCCUCUUCCUGUCCUCCUCCACCACCACCACCCUUUACUACCCCCCCUUGCCGACCAGCUGGCAGACCUUGAAGACCCGCCGAUUACGCUGACAUCCCGCACCUCUCGGAUGCGCCACUCCUCCCAGAGCGAUGAGGCCCCUCCCACCUCCUGUUCUGAGGUCUUCCAGGGAGUGGCCUGUGAUCUGGACGGCCCCACCCCUUCUUCCCUCGCACGGAGCAGCAGCGCCUCUGACAUCAUGGAGCCUUUCAUCGCAGAGAGGGUCAAAGGUGAAGACCCACAGAGGGAUCCCACUUCGAUCCCAACUCCCCCUCACCACCACUCCACAACUACUUCCUUACUGUCAGCCAACAGCCACGCAGCUCAGCCACCCCCACACCCCCUCACCUCCCCUUCUCCCACCCCUCUAACCUUCUCCAAUGGUGUUGUCCCCUCGUCCUCAGAGGGACAAGAUGAUGGUAGUGUUUAUGACCCGUUCUGGCAACAGACUGGGUCUCGAAGUCGAGGUUCUAGCACGGAUUGGGUGAGCGACUGGGAUUCCGCUUUCACCUUUUCAUCUGAAAAGGACAUAGAUGUAGAGGAGGGUGAAAUAGGGGCUGGGGUAGAGGAGGAUGAUUUAAUCUCCUCUAUUAGGGACUACCUCACAAACAAAGGAGGUGAAAGGAAGGAGGAGGCAGGAGAGAGAGAUAGUUCUGGUAAUUUACUAGAAAACACUGUUGUAACUUUACCUGUACCGGUGCAAACAGGGGUAGCAAGAACACAAAUGGAAUACACAGGGCAGGCAGGAGAGGCAAGAGAGGUGGUGAGAGAGGCUUUUAAAGAGGACAGACCGGUAAGUAAAUCAGUGAGACAUAGCAGUGUGGAUUCAGCAGAGGACGUUGAAGCAGAGCAGCGGAGCAUCUACGAGUGCCUGGAGCUGCAGUGUCAGUGGCCGUCACCUAAUGCUAGAGGGAGCGCUAGCUUAGAAAGACACACCGGGGAGAAAAAGGGAGGGAAUACAGGGAAAGGAGAAGGAAGGGAAGGGAAAUGUGAUAGACGGAGGGGCAUAGAAGAAGACAAACAGGGUGAUAAAGAGCCAGCAGCAAAUGAGAGGUCUAUUUUAAUAAGACAAGACAUUAAUGCAGUAGAAUCUAGCACUGAAUCAAAUCAAACUUCAGACUCAACUAAAGCCAAGAUGUCCCGUAGCAGCAACAAGAGGCACCACUCUGGGGGGGUUCACGUCAGCUUCCGACCCUCCACUGAGUCGGUCCAGUUCCACAACCCCCUCGAGAGUAAAGAGGCCCACUGGAAAGCAAGGCUGCGCCGCCUCAGUCACUUCCACACACACAGCCACUCAGCCGGGGAGAGGCCAGGGGCCGGAGCAGGGUCAGGGUCAGGGGCGAAGCUGGGAGCAGGAGGUGCAGGUAAGUUUGGCUCUGUGGCUGGGAUUAGCCAUAGAGCAGGGGCACAUGAGAAAUUAGCCUCUGGGACUGUUUCUGAUAACAGCGGGGCAGGAAGCACAGCAUUUGCGGGAGGCCUUGAAAGCAGGAGUGGAGGGGACAAAGACAAGCAACAUCCUGGAUCCUGUAUGGGAUCCAGCCUGGGCUCUGAGGCACACUCAGAGGUAUUAUCAAGCAGUUCAGGUGUGCGUGGUCGCUUGGGACGUUCCGCCUUGCGAUCCCGAGCCUCCCGCUCACGAUCCCAGGAGCCGGGCAGCACUGCGUCACGACAUCACCAGGGAGCCCUUCUUGGUGGCGUCUAUAAGACUGUUGUUCACGCUCUGUCUUCCAAGCCGCGGCCCCGAGGCCAGGGGUCAUCCCAAGGCUCGUCGCCACAGCGGCAGAGCCGGGCCGCCAUGGGUGACGCAUCGCUCAGAGACCUCUACUCCCAUGUCCUGGGCUACUUUGGGCGAAAGACGACGACGCCAGCCAACAAAGAGGAGGUGGUCCAGAAGGCUCGUCCAGUCUCCAGUGACGUAGGAAGUACCAACCCAAACUUCUCUGACCUGAUGGACGAGUUUAUCCAGGAGAGGCUGCGGGCCAAAGGAACAUCGGGUCGACGGGGCAGCAGCCCGGGAAGCCUGGAGGUUCCAAGGGACCUGCCGGAGCUCCUAGAGGCAGGUCAGAGUCCCGGAUCACGACCUUCAGAUGAUCUCCGUCCCAUUGAUGAUCCGGGAGUUCCCUCAGAAUGGACAUCACCUGCAAGUGCCAGCGGUUCUGAUGUCAUCAGCUCGGACAGCCAGUCAGACUCCUUUAAUGCCUUUCAGUACUCCACCUGCAAGUUUGAUAAUUUUACCUUCAGUACAGAAGCCUGUGCAGGAGGAGUUGGUUCUAGUGGAGGAGGUCGAGGAAGCUCUUUGGACCAGGAUAGCCUGGGAGGGGGCGUGGCCUGCGAUGAACAUGAAGUAGCAAGUUUGACGACACUCCACAUCGACUCCGAGACCAGCAGCCUCAGUCACACUGUCACUGUUACUGGUUCGGAGAGUGCAUCUCCCAUGCAUUCCCUCGGGGGCUCUCGCUCCCAGACACCCUCCCCUGCCACACUGACAGCAGAGCACACUGAACACACACACUCCCACUCACACACACACCUACAGCUGGACCAGAAGCUCCACAACUCUGUCCUGCAGACUCCGGAUGACCUGGAAACCAGUGAGUUCCCCAGCGAGGACUGCAGUGUCAUGGCAGGUGGCUCUCUAACUGGAUGGCACGCAGAUGUUGCCACGGUAAUGUGGCGGAGGAUGCUGGGUAUCUUGGGGGAUGUUAAUAGCAUCAAAGACCCAGAGAUCCAUGCUCAGGUCUUCGACUACCUGUGUGAACUCUGGCAAAACCUGGCCAAGAUAAGAGAUAACUUGGGCAUUUCUUUGGACAACCAGUCGUCUCCUCCACCCCCUGUUCUGAUCCCUCCCCUAAGAAUCCUCACCCCCUGGCUCUUUAAGGCCACCAAGCUGACGGAGCGCUACAAGCAAGGAAAGCUUCACGCCUACAAGCUGAUCUGCAGGAUCAUGAAGAGACGGCAAGAUGUUUCCCCAAACACAGACUUUCUCACACACUUCUACAACAUCAUGCACCAGGGACUGCUGCACCAAGACCAGGACAUUGUGAACACCAUCAUAAAGCACUGCAGUCCCAAGUUCUUCAGUAUCGGCCUACCUGGAGCCACCAUGUUGAUCCUGGACUUCAUCAUUGCAGCUUCUAGAGUCACAGCCUGCUCAUCACUCAAUGCUCCAAGAGUGGAGGCCCAGAUCCUGCUGGGAUCUCUGGUGUGUUUUCCCAACUUGUAUGAGGAGCUUCCAGCCCUCCAUCCCACCACAGCUGACGUGGUGCUGACCAAGUUCCCUGACGUCAAGGAGCACAUUAUCAAAACCAUCCUGACCUCUGCCAGGGACGAACCCUCAGCUCCCGCUAGGUGUGUGGCUCUGUGUAGUCUGGGUAUCUGGCUGUGCGAGGAGUUGGCUCACGGGACUCAACAUCCACAGAUUAAAGAUGCUCUGAACGUCAUCUGCGUCACUCUGAAGUACCCCAAUAAGAAUGUAGCACUGGUGGCGUCAGACAUCCUUCACCUCCUGAUCAGUCAUGUGGAUCAUCUUAAGAAAUUCCCCCCUGACACUCCAAAGAAGAUUGUAGAGAUUUUGAUCGCCACCAUCACACACUUGCUGCCUACUACCGAGUCUUCUCCUCAUGAACUGGAUAAAAGGCUGGUAGUGUCCCUCCUGUUGUGUCUGUUGGACUGGGUGAUGGCUCUGCCUCCAAAGACACUUCUUCAACCUGUUCAAACACGAAGUCCUCCCGAGAGGGACCAGCCCACCAAGACUCUGCUCAGCUGUAUUUAUAAGGUGUUACAUGGCUGUGUGUAUGGAGCCCAGUCUUUCAACAGUCCCAAGUAUUACCCGCUGCAGCUGUCGGACCUGUUGAGUCCAGACUACGACCCGUUCCUGCCAUUAGAGAGCCUCCGAGAACCAGAACCACUGCACAGCCCGGACUCUGAGCGCUCCAGCAAACUGCAGCCUGUCACUGAAGUUCGUAGCCGUAUUCAGCAGGGCCUGGUUUCCAUCGCAGCAAGAACAGUUAUCACACAUUUGGUCAACCAUCUUGGUCAUUAUCCAAUGUCUGGAGGGCCUGCUACUCUGUCUAGUCAGGUGUGUGAGAACCAAGACAACCCGUUCUGUGAGAGCGCGGAUCUAGGACCAGAGCUUUUCCAUUCACCAAACCUACAGUUUCUGGUUCUGAACGGCUCCACACUUCUCUCCGUCUAUCAGAUCCGCUCAGAGUCUGGUGUGCCAGGAGGCGGAAUGACGGCUGGUCUGUCCUCUGCUCCCGCUUGCGUUCGAGUCAUCAUCCGAGACGUAGCUGGAAAACACUCCUGGGACUCUGCCGUUCUCUACGGGCCUCCACCAUGUUCCCCAAACAGCCCGACACACACAUUUUUGUCACACACGCAAUCGCCUCACAGUGCAAAUCUUCAUUUACACACUCCACCAGGAGGUCCACCCAAAAAGAUGGUAGUGAAGAGAGAAGACAGCGCGGAGGAGGGGCAGGAGGAGAUCGAGGCUGAAGAGGGAGGAAGAGGGAUGGAGGGUGAAAGGCAAGGGUUUCAGGGAGAGGGGGAGGAGGAAGGAGAAGAGAGAAAAGUCACUGAGGAGGGGAUGGGAGAUCAGAGAGGAGGUGAAGAAGAAGGGGAACAGGAGGAGCAGGAGGAGGAGAGCAUAGAGCAUAGGAUGGAUGGGGAGGUGGAUCGAGGGGAGUCGGCCUUGGAACAGCUUCUAGCUCCGCCAUUGGCUAAGCGUGUUUGUCGGGAGGCAGUUCCAGCAUGGGAUGCACUGAGGGAGGGAGACGACGCACUGGACGAAAUGCUGCAGUACCUGGGAUACUCAAGUCCUGAGUGUCUACAGAGAGCAGGCAUGCCGCUCAACAUCCCGGCCCCUCCACCAGCGUGUGUUUCAGAAAAGCAAGAGAAUGACGUGAUCAACGCCAUCCUGAAGCAGAGCGCUGCUGAGAGAGAGUUUGUCCUUCAUAGAGGUGAGGAGCUGAACAUGAGGGCAGUGCAGCAGACUGAACCAGAGACUGAGACACCACAGUCGGCCUUCUACUACUGCAGACUACUGAUCAACAUACUGGGACUCAACUCCUGGGAGAAGAGGAGUAACUUUCACUUGUUGAGAAAGAAUGAGAAGUUACUGAGAGAGCUGAAGAACCUGGAUUCACGGCAGUGCCGUGAGACUCAUAAAAUAGCAGUAUUUUAUGUAGCUGAGGGCCAAGAGGACAAACACUCCAUACUAACCAACACAGCAGGAAGCCAGGCUUAUGAAGACUUUGUCUCUGGACUGGGCUGGGAGGUGGACCUCACUACUCACUGUGGCUUCAUGGGAGGUCUCCAGAGAAAUCGCAGCACGGGCCAGACUACGCCUUACUACGCCACCUCCACCACAGAGGUCAUCUACCACGUCUCUACCCGCAUGCCCCACGACCAGGACCACAACCUCACCAAGAAGCUCAGACACCUGGGUAAUGACGAGGUCCACAUUGUUUGGUCGGAACAUUCCAGAGACUACCGGCGAGGGAUCAUCCCCACUGAGUUUGGAGACGUGUUAAUCGUCAUCUACCCCAUGAAGAACCACAUGUACUCCAUCCAUAUACUUAAAAAGCCAGAGGUGCCAUUCUUUGGUCCGCUGUUCGACGGUGCCAUAGUGGACAUGAACAUUUUGCCCACCAUGGUCAGAGCCACAGCGAUCAAUGCCAGUCGAGCUCUCAAAUCCCUCAUUCCCCUCUACCAGAACUUCUAUGAGGAGCGAGCCCGCUACCUAGAAACCAUCGUACAGCACCACCAGGAGCCAACCACAUUUGAGGAUUACGCAGCACGAGUCUACAGUCCUGCUCCCUGCACGCACCUGCCCUCUGACACUGGCUCCUGCCUAGAGAUUCUUCGGGGAGAAAGUCCGGCUCUUGGGGAGGCCGGGAGCGACUCGGCGUCCCCCAUGUCCCCUCGGACUAGCAAGAGCCGCAUGUCCAUGAAGCUGCGGCGCUCCUCUGGAUCGGCCAAUAAGACUUAAGAUCUCUAAAUUACACAGACCAUGUCACAAUGAUCAAACAAAAGUUUUUCUCCAGAGUAAAUUUGGUCAACAAUUGCACUUAAAAGUACAGUAAAUUAAACAUGACACAGAAAAUAAAUAUACUGUUGUGGAGAAAUUCACUUAGAUACUUAUUUCCAGCAGGACGCGUGGUGGGUGGUGUUCUCAGGAAUGAGCGUAACCAUCAGGGCUGUCAGUAGAACUUCAGCAGAAUGCUUUGUCACAAAGUUGUAUUCUCAAAAACACCCGUAAUAGUAUUUUGUGGACUAUAUUACACUGUAAGUUUGUUUUGAAUUGCUCACAGCUGCUGCAUUUAUCCUUGGCUUUGCUCUAAAAGAACCCCCUCAGAACCCAGCGCUGCAGCAUGCUGAUCUUUGCCACGGUAGAAGUGCAGCCUUAGCAGCGCAGUAUUAGUUCAUUUAAUCUGUGCCAUGUUAGAAAACUCCAGUGUAACCGGGACUGUAAAAAGCUUAAGUGUGCCACAUUAUACACUGUCCUUUUUCAGAGAGCGCGUUCAAUGAUAUCAAACUGCAGAACAAAGAGGAAUAAUAGCAGAGGUUGGACAAUGGAUGCUUUGGGAAAUCUGUAUAUUUGUACUAUAGUCGGUCCGUGUGUGUACAGACAGAAUCAUGAGUUUUGAUAUAAAAAGGAUGAAUUCAGAGUGAUUGCAUCUGUAGUGCUGCAUGGAGAAGCAAGAUAAGGUCUAUUUUUGCUCUGAGUACUGAAUUAGGCUGAUAAAAAGAUAAAAGCAGAGGUCAGUUUCAGUCCUCAUAAAAUGUAAAUAGUAAUUGUUUGCUAACAAUAAAACAAAAACUUUAGUCGUGGGUAUGCUCUCAAGCCAAAAAUGUUCCGUUUGAAUCCAGAAGAAAAUCCAUGCUUGAACUUGUGGGACUGAAAGCGGACCGUUUGAGUAAAGCGGUGUGAGAGUCAGUGUUAAAGUAAGGAUGGAAAGUACAGGAGAGAGAAGCGCUUUCUAGAAAAUGAAUAGAGAAACUGAUCAAAGAGGAAGCACUUGUUACAUAAAGUUUCGUUUUUUGUGCUCAUGCUGUAAAAUGUGGACAAGCACUGAUGUUCAUUUCAUUUAUUUUCUUUGUUUUUCUUUUUGUUUUAUUUUUUAAAUUGACUGUAAAUUGUGUUUUGACCCGAACAAGAAUGUUGCUGUAUUUUUAAGUUCAAUGUCACUCCGUCAUCUGAUGCAAUGGAACCACAGCUUUUCUUUAUCGACUCUAUAUUCUGUAUAUCUAUAUAUGUAUGAGUAUAAAUAUAUAUAUAUAUAGUAGAUAUAUGAAUAUCUAUAAGGAUAUGUACAGUGUGAGGAGGCUUGUUGUGUAUAUACUGUAAUGUGAGAAUAGCUGCCAAAGCCAAACUGUGGUUUAAAUUAAGACCACAUAUCCGCUUAAAAUGGGUUGACACUACAAGAUUUUAUGCUUUUCAUAACCAGUUUGCACUUCAUUCUCUAGGAAUCUAAAGGUAAUUUCAUUUUAGUGCUUUUCUGUACUGUUGAUACCUGAAACCUUGUUAACACAGCCAGAUUGAGGAAGUUUCAGGCUGUCAGUUUUUUCCUCGUUUUUCACCUUUGACAUAUUGCUAAAUGAGUCUUUUGUGGCAGGUUUAGUUAUGGACUAUAAUUUUCAACAUGGUAGCGGUGGCAGAAGGAGGAAAAACAAAGUGUAUAAAAGAGAGAUGCUGUAGAAGCAAGGCCAAAGAGGGACAGAAAGGAGAAACGUCAACUUUUCACUUAGAUAUGAUGGUUUGUGCUGCUUCUUUUUUUUUUUUUUUGUCUUCUUUUACUCUGCUCUUAAAUUUAGACUCAUCCUCAGUUCCAGUUCUGGAUGGAGGGGAUCCGCAUGUAAUUACAAUCCAGAAAAUUCAACACUACCAUUUGUGUAUUCAACCUCUUCAUUUUAGCACUUUGUCAGCUCAGCUCACUGUAAAAAAAGGUUUUAACUUUAAACAGUUAGGCUGCCUCAAAAUUUAAUGUCCACUGAAUUUAAGAAGACAAGGUGAUUUUUUUGUGAUUCAACUUGCCUUCAAUUUAGUCAACUUAAAAAUUUAAGGUAGCCCACGCAUCAUUUUUUUUAAAGUUAAACAAAUUGUUGGGGUUUUUUGUUGUUUUUUACAGCGCUCAGAUAAAACUGACAAGGUUUCAGAUUGGAUCACAUCGUUUAUGUACUUCAGGUUUUUCUUCACAAACGGUCACAGCUGUGUUUCUCCGGGGCUUAUCAGGAUUAAACGUUCUUCCAUUUAGUUUACACGCUGGCUUGUUUGCCGCGCGUCUCCAUUAACUCCCUUUUCCCUGUCCUUAGGAAAGGAAACAUAAAUACAUAAAGGUCUUUAUUUAAGAAAUACAGGUCUGAGCUGAAAGGUUUUGCAUCAUGCUCCACUGCUUGAAGAAAGUGUAUUCAUGACUGCGUUUUCUGUUACUGUUUGAUUUCAGCCAUAGAUUCUCUGUAGAGAGAAAAGGGAUUGUUAUUAUCAUUAUGAAAUCUUUUUUUUUUUUUACCCCUCUGUGGGGUUGAAAUUGUUAAUCAGUGUAAAGUGAGGUCAAAUCCAUGUUGUGUUACUUUGUAUGUGAAUAUUUGAAUUCAGCUGAGUUGUCCCUCUAAUUUAAUUAUUGCUGUUACAGUUAUUAUUGCUGAGUUUGAAGCACCAUUGGAUGGUGGCGACUUGUGGUUUUGUAGCCCCGCUGCACUCUGGGAAUGAUCUGUACAUGCUGUAUGUAGACCUCCUGUGAGUCACCGACUGCGUCUCGAUUCACUCGCUUACAUCCUGUAAACACUUUGACAACCUGAUCCUGCAAUGUAAAAUCUGACAAGUUGAUCUUACUUAAAAUAAUAUAGGAAACCAAUUACCUUGAAAAGGGGAAGUAAAUAUGACUAUAUAUAUAUAUAAUUUUUAAGUUUACUUAAGAUUUAGUUGUAUUUGCUCAAUUUUGUGAAGU